CCCUAUUUGUCCCAGCUUUGCUUUCCUUCGCAACUCCAAUGGCAUCUUACACAGUGGUCAUUGUCCCUCUCAGGAACAGUCCUAACAGUCUGGAUGCAUUGCAGUUCUUCCUUUGGGUGAAGAAGAUGAAGGACUUGGAGAGGGAAAAGGACCUUUUGUGGAUUGGAUUGCAGGCUUUAGAGCAGGUGCGAGAGAAAUUAUGCUACAACCCAGAAGACCACAUGGAAGUGCAAGACCAAUUCAAGAAAGGACAGAUGAGAAAAGUGUUUCCAGACACCUCCACCCUACUGUUGGCUCAGAUCCACAGAGUGAACAGGACCUUGAGGAAUCUACUGUGUGACUCCAGGAAUCCCACUGAUCCUGCAAUAGAAGGUACUGAAGGACAUCAGCCCUCUCCUACCGAUUCAGAAGAAAGUGCUAGUUUUUAAUCAGCUAUUUGUUUUGAAUUUCUAUACUGUAUUUUCCUGUAUUGUGUGCUUGCUGAAUGUAUUCUGAGUGGAUUGAAAUGAUCAUUUUAAGUGCAAUAUAUGAAAAUUGCUUACUUGAUUGGAUUUCCAAAACAUGGCAUACAACUCGCACACUGCUUUGUAUGUUUUAUUCAAGAAUUCGGUGAAGUCGACUUGGCGAAACUUUCCAUUUCCAUUGUCCUUCCAGGAAUUAAUAUACUAAAGGUUUAUUAACUGCGCUCUGCCAUUUAGUUUCUGAUACUAUUUUUGCAAUGGUAAAUUUAUACAUGCAAAGAAAUUAGAUCAUGUGAGCAUUUUUUUCUUUUUGUCAGUAUACUGCAUUUAUAUUUGACUAUUUUUGUAUUUAUUAAUGCAUAUUUAAAUCGGCAGGUUUUUUUUCUGCGUGUGAAAUUGAUGAGCACAAAAAAAAGUAAUGUAAAAGAGAUUAAAUUUGAAAGCUCAUUCAUUCAGCAGUUCUUAAAUAUCGAGUUAAUGAGUUAUCCAAGUCAACAGCGAUUAUCAUGGAAAGAAAGACAACACUGAGUGCA